AUGAGGGAACUUUUCAAGGUCAUUCUUUCUCAAUCGGGACCAUUUAAAAACAACCCAAUCACUGAAUUUUUCACGAGAGUGGAAUUUCAACACAGGGGUAGUCCACACAUACACUCUCUCUUGUGGGCAGCAAACGCACCUAAUUAUGAUCCUGAAGAUUUACAGAUUACUAACGAAUGCCUAAGUUUUAUCGACAAGUACAUAACCUGCAGUUCUUCUCAUGAGUUUGCCUCCUUUCAAAAACACAAACAUACUUACACGUGUAAAAAAAUGGAAAAAAAUACUAAGUUAUGCCGUUUCGGCUUGCCAGCACCACCCAUGAAGCUCACAAAAAUUCUUCUCCCAUUAGAAGAAGAAGAAAAGCGCAAGGAAUUUGCCGAACAGUUCAUUGCACUCCAAAGCUUGUUGAAAGAAAUCGAUCGUGGAAAGGUGACUCCCAAAAACUUCUCCGCUUUUCUUGAGCUCUUGAAAAUACAAAAUGAAGAGGACUAUAUUUUACUUUUAAGAAGCAGCAUCAAACGACCGACUAUAUUCAUACGAAGAGACCUUUCAGAUCUAUCCAUAAACGCAUACAACAGCAACCUACUUUCACUCUCUAAAUCUAAUAUAGAUAUUCAGUUUGUAUUAGACGCAUAUGCAUGUGUACAGUACAUUCUAAACUACAUAAACAAAAGUGACAGAGGUCUUUCGAAACUUCUGCGAGAAUCCUUAGACCAAUCGCGCAAAGGAAAUGCGAGUAUCAAAGAAAGGCUAAGAAGUCUUGGAAAUACCUUUCUUAAUUCAAAUGAAGUAUCAGCACAAGAGGCAAUUUAUUUAAUUCUGGGAAUGCCCCUCAGUCGUUGCUCUCGCAGCACAGUAUACAUAAAUACGAGUCCUCCAAAUGAACGCGUUCGGCUUGCGAAAACAAGAGCACAGCUUCAGUCUUUACCCGAAGAUUCUACCGAAGUCUUUGCCACAGGGCUGAUUGAGCAUUAUGUGGCUCGACCUCUUCAGUUAAAUGAAAUUUGUUUAGCUGACUUUGCAUCAUACUAUACGUUCCAUCGGCAAAAAAAUAAGACAGUUUGUGAAGCAGAAAACGAAGAUGAAGAAGAAACACUUGAGAUAACUAAUAAUAACUGGCUUCCUCUCAGGGAUGGAUCGGGCUAUGUUCAUCGUCAAAACAGGGGGAAAAUUAUUAGAUACAGAAAUUUUAGCAAGGAGAGCGAGUCCUAUAAUUUUUACAGAGAGAAUAUUAUGCUCUUCCUGCCCUGGAUGGAUGAAGUCAACGAUAUUUUGAAGCAAAACGUGGAAUCUAAAUAUCAGCUUCAUGAAGUUGAAAUUAAAACAAAAGCAGCAGAGUAUAAUGCAUCAAAAAUGCGAGAAGCUCUUUCUUCGGCAAUGCAAGAAGCUCAGAAUGCAGUUUUUGAUGAGACAGAGAAAAUGGAACAAGUUUUGGAAAACGAUUUCGAAAUUUUUCGCAUUGGUUGUGCAGACACCGAUAUUUUUGCAAAUGCAGGCGAGGAAGCAAUAUGCAAAACUGCACAAAAUUUCCAGCCCGCAAGACAAGUUCCCCACGAUGAGUUUUUAAACAUGGUUCGGUCAUUGAACGUUGAACAACGGCAAUACUUUCUCCAUGCAGUACAUUCUUUAAAAACUCGGAGAACUUUUCAUGAAUUUGUCACUGGAGGAGCUGGUACCGGAAAGAGUCAUUUGAUCAAAACAAUCUAUCAAGCAUGCAUUCGCCAUUUUUCCGGACUUCCUGGAGCUGAUCCAGAUAAAGUUUCAGUUAUACUGUGCGCUCCUACUGGUAAAGCCGCUUACAAUAUAGGUGGAGCGACGUUGCAUUCCGUUUUUCAUCUUCCCGUAUCGCAGUAUUCCCAUGAUAUGCCCGAACUCUCUGCGGAAAUGAGCAACACAUUAUGCUCUCACUUAAUGUACUGCAAACUCAUAAUAAUCGAUGAAAUCAGCAUGGUUGGACUUCGGCAAUUCUACCAAAUAGAUAAACGUCUGAAACAAAUUUUUAAAUCAGAAGAAAAUUUUGGCGGUGUUUCAAUCCUUUGCUUUGGUGAUUUUCAUCAGCUAAAACCAGUUGGAGAUUCACACGUCUUUUCCUCUGGAAAAAUGACCCACCUGGCGGAUUUAGGACCAUCCCUUUGGGACAAUUUCUGCUUUUAUGAGCUGACGACAAUUAUGCGUCAGCAAGAGAACCUGGAUUUUGCUCAUGCUCUCAAUAGGUUAGCCUCUGGCACUAUGACAACUGAAGACAUUGCUUUGAUGAGAAGCUGUGAGGUGAACGAAAACCGGACAGUUCCACCAAGUGCACUGCAUCUUUUUCGGACAAAUGCGGAAUCAGAUCGAUUUAAUGAUCAAAGAAUACAGUCUGCACCCGGAAACGGGAUUAUUUCUUCUGCUAUCGACACUUUUUCGGGGGAGGCAUCAAAGGAAAAAAAGGACGAAAUUUUGAGGUCCUUUGCGUCCAAAACAGCUACGGAAACGCUGGGGCUCCCUUCCUCUCUUAUUUUAAAGCACGGCGUGCGGUAUAUGCUCCGUCUGAACAUCGACACAUCAGAUGGAUUAGUGAAUGGUGCUGUAGGUGUUCUCAGACGAGUUGACACGGGAAACCAUACCAAAUUGGGAACCAUACCUUUGCGUGUGUGGAUGGAGUUCGAGGAUGGAAACACUGGGAGAAACUGCCGAAGCGCCAUUUCGACACUAAUGAAAGACAGAGGAAUUCCUCCUUGUUGGACCCCAGUUGAAAGAGCUUGCCGGCAACUCAACACUGGUAAACGCCUUAAAGCACUAGUUUUAAGGAAACAGUUUCCCUUAGUACCAGCAGAAGGGAUAACCAUUCACAAAUCCCAAGGAUCCACUUACACAGAAAUAGCUUUGCAUCUACAUAAAGGCAUGGAUCGAGCCAGCCUGUAUGUUGCCUGCAGUCGAGUGACUAACUGCAGUGGUCUGUUCAUUGUGGGGAAUUUUCAACCACCGCCACCUCCACCACUACAUCAUCCAGUGAGACAGGAGCUUUUAAGAUUGAAAACCAAAUGCAGAAUAUCUUUGAUGCAUAGCUAUGUUUCUCGUGCUCAAAGAAAAAUAUUUUUCCACAAUGUUCAGUCCCUGCGCAAUCACCACAAAGAUUUGAUAUGUGACCAGGUCAUAUUAAAAGCAGACAUCAUAUUGACCGUCGAAAACUGGUCUUUCAAAGAAGAAAAAUAUCCUCUAGAAGGCUACAAAUGCAUACAAAGAAUAGAUAACGAGACCUGCGUGCGCAAAGCUGUUGGAAGCACGGCAUAUGUGAAGCAAACUGCACUUGCACGCCCGGCUUCCAAAAUAGCCACGAAGAGCCCUACCGGCCAUCUGGAGGUACUAGUAGUGGAAUAUGAAGAAACGUACAUUGUUUCAGUCUACAGAUCUCCGAAAUUUUCACUGAAUGACCUUUUUGACUGUUUAACACAAAUGAUGAAAGAUUUUCGUAAAGCGAACUUCAUUAUACUAGGGGACUUUAAUAUUGACUGGAAGACACACUCGCGAACUUUCCACCAAUGGAUGACUGCAUUCAAUCUUCGUAUGGUUCUUGCUGAGGAAAGUAGCACAAAUUAUGACACCCAGUUAGAUUUGUGCUUCACUAAUAUAGAAUCAAUUUCUGCAUACUACUAUGAAUCUGUAACAAGCUUCCAUAAACCCAUCUGGGUAUUAUUUUAA